AUGCAGCUGACUUCUGUCGCUGUUGCAGCGCUCCUAGCGCAGAAUGCCGCCGCUCAGUUUGGAAACUCUAUGCUGCGAUUCGCAUGCUCCCAGUUGGUCGUUGACCGAAUCGACCCCUUGGUCAACCCCGGCAUGAAGUACACUCCUCAUCUUCACCAGCUGGUCGGUGGUAACUCCUUGAACGUUACCAUGGACCCCGAGGUCCACGACCUGGCCUCCUCCACCUGCACAUCGUGCACGUUCAAGGAAGACAAGUCCAACUACUGGACCGCCGUCAUGUUCUACAAGGCCAAGAACGGAACCUACAAGCGCGUCCCCCAGGUCGGCAACGGUGGCCCGCAAGGAAAGCUUGUUAACAAGGGUGGCCUCGACCUUUACUACAUUCCCAGCGGAAAGACUACCGCUUUCAAGAAGGGUUUCCGUAUGUUGGCCGGUAACGCCGCCAACACCGACCCCAGCAAAGUCCAGAAGUCAAACAUCUGCCACCGAUGCUGGACGUCGCCUAACGAGAACACCUUCGUCGGCGGUGCUCCUUGCACUGGCUCCGACACUGUUGACAUCCCCAGCUCCAAGAGCUGCAAGAUGAUCCGACAGACCAUCAUCUUCCCUACAUGCUGGGAUGGAAAGAACCUGGACAGCCCCGACCACCAGAGCCACGUCGCCUACAGCUCCGGCUCUGGCGCUACCGGAGGCGGUGCUUGCCCGUCUACGCACCCCGUCAAGCUCCCCCAGAUCAUGUACGAGCUGAUGUGGAACGUCACCGAGUUCGCCAACGCCGCCGACUUCCCCACUGACGGCUCCAACCCUUACGUCUACUCCAUGAACCUUGGUGGCCCUGCCGCUCACGGUGACUACCUCUUCGGCUGGGAGGGCGACACUCUCCAGAAGGCCAUGGACAACAUCGGCUCAUGCGGUCUCAACACCGACUGCGCCACCGCCGGUAUCCACGCCCAGACCCCCGACCAGUACAGCGCUUGCACCAAGGAGCAACAAUCUCCCGAAGACGUUGACGGAUGGCUCGCGGCUCUCCCCAUGGGCGAGAUGGCUAUCAAGGCUUAG